CUGUCUGUCAUAGACACCUGUCACUUUGAUCUGUCUUGUGACAAAUUCUGUUUAAUAUUUACAAAAAUAUCUUAUAAAAUACUUGGGAAACAGUUUUUAUUUAUACAAAUGAAAUGGAAACAUCGAGAAACUUCUCGUGAAUUUACCAACAAGGAAAUAUAAUUUAUAAAUUUUAUUGGUUAACUUUCGAAGUCACUUCUGAUCUCUUGCUAGCUUUGAAUAAAUGACGAAAAUGUUCGUUUCAAUUGAACGAAUAUCAUUUUUUCUCUUCAUGCUUUGUGGAGCCAGCCUCAGUUUGGACAACUGGAGGCUGAAUUGUCCAAAGCUGUUUGAACAUACCUUUAAAGGGUAUAUUCCACGAGGCAAUCUUUCAUCUGGAACAUUCACCCUUAAAGAAGGUGUUACUGAUUUAAAGCCCUGUGUUUUGAAAUGCUGUGAUGAUGACAAGUGUAAUGUGGCUUUCAUGAAUAACAAAAAAUGUUAUCAUAUCACUUGUAUAUCUAAUGACUUAUGCCUACCCACAUUGCAUUCAGAUCCAGAGAUUGGCAAAAACAUUUAUAUGAUUUUAGUAAAACCAGUUGAUGAGGAUGACAGCUGGGAAGAGAUUUUGACCUCCCAAGAUUCUCAGGAUGAAAAAAGUAGUAGUAUUUUGAAACCUGUCAACAGAAAAAAGUUGCAAGAAGCUUAUAAGGACUUCAUGGUUGAGGAGCAGUAUGGUAAUCCUUAUGAGUGUGAAGUGGGCGAUGAAUCUUGCCUUGAAAAUGAAAUCUGUGUUCCUACUAAGAAGAGAUCCUUGCUAGGAACAUGUGAAUGCAAACCAGACUAUGUACGAAACUCCCAAGGUACUUGUGUACCUACACCACCACUCAGUUUUAAAGAUAACUCAAUUUCUGAUAUGUUGACUGAAAGAAUUCUUCAAGUCACAACAAACAGAACAGUUCCAGUCACUAGGAAACAAUUGCUUGUUUCUGCCGAGUCAAAACAAGUCAAGUUGCCAGAGAACGAGGUUACUUUGAUAGCUAAGGUAACACCAGAAGAAGCGGAGGAAAAAUAUCAGUUUGAAUGGACUUCAUUACAACAGCCUCAAGGUAGUACUGCAGUUAAACAUCAGAACGGUGGUAAAUUGCAGUUGAGUAAGCUUUCUGAAGGAUUAUAUAUGUUUAAGGUUAGUGCCUCCACCACUUCAUCAUAUGGUGACACUUUUGUCAAUGUGACAGUGUUACCACCAUCCAGAAUAAAUAAACCCCCAGAAGUUGUCAUAACCCCUGCCAAUCAAACCAUCAAACAACCAAAUGCUGCAGCAGUUUUAGAUGCGUCAUCUUCCAAAGAUGACGAUGGCAUUAUUUCUUGGCAUUGGGAAUUGCAACAAGGCCCAUUGGGUUAUCAACCACAACUCAGUGACAAUCCAACGUUACAAUUGAACGAUCUGACCAAACCUGGGAACUACACAUUUAAAUUGACAGUUACAGAUACUGACAAAGCCACAAGUUCCAGUCUGGCCAAUAUAACAGUGCUUAAAAGCAAUGACUAUCCUCCAGAAGCUAAUGCAGGGGAGGAUAAAAUUAUUUAUUUACCGCACAAUGCUAUAACCUUGAACGGUAAUCUGAGUACAGAUGAUCAUAAUAUAACCACUUGGGAAUGGAUAAAGAGUCCGGAUGAUGCUCAAAAGGCUGUAGACAUGCAGGAUACUAGGACACCUUACUUGCAAUUAUCGAAUUUGGAGGAAGGAAUGUAUACGUUUACUUUGAAAGUGACGGAUAGUGCGGGGCAAAGCAGUACGGCUCAGGUUCAUGUUUUCGUCAAACCCCCGACAAAUAAGCCCCCUACAGCCGAGGCCGGAUCGAAUAUAACUAUGAGUUUACCUCAAACAUGGGCUGUGGUAGAUGGAAGGAACAGCUCCGAUGACAAUAAAAUCGUAUCUUUCAAGUGGGAACAGAUCGAGGGUCCUUCGAAAGUCGAAUUUCAUCCAAACAAUGAAAGUAUUUCUAAUGUCACUGGAUUGACGAAAGGAACAUAUACGAUCAAAUUGAGCGUUACGGAUGACAACAAUAACGUUGCAAGUGAUAUUGUUUAUAUCAUAGUCAAUCAAAACAAAAACCAGAAACCUACAGCCGAUGCAGGUCCCGACCUCGAGAUCGACCUGCCUAGAAAUGUUAUUUAUGUAAACGGUAGUGCUUCGAAAGACGAUUGGGCCAUAGUGAAAUGGAAAUGGAUAAGGGACGAAAAAUCCCUCGCCCUAGGAAAUAUUGCUGAGAAUUCGGACGAGAGCCCUGUGCUCAUCAUAUCCGAUCUGUCAGUAGGAAAGUACAUUUUCAAUUUGACAGUUUACGACGAACAGGGAUUAAGCGAUACGGAUUCAGUUACGAUCAACGUUAAACACGAUCCGAAACUUUUUUAUCUGAUCGAGAGUACCAUCGACGUCUACGCCAAUUAUUUGACGGAAGCUCAAUACGCCAUUCUCAAGGGAAAAUUGGCGCUGUUGGUGUCAAACGAACAGAAAAUGAUUUUCCGAAAUGUACAGACGGAGAGAGGUGAAGGACUGGCCAAGAUCACGUUCUAUGUGGAAGACCAGAACGGUAAAACUGUGCCAGCAAACGACGUAGUCAGACGACUCCGUCGAAAAUUAAACCUAGACUCCAGUUUGCUUGGUUUUACGGUUGCGAAACUGCAGACAGCGGUUUGUCAGAACAACUGUUCAGGACAUGGAGUAUGUGUGGAAACAACGAGAAUGUGCAAAUGUGAAGCCUUUUGGAUGCAGAACCUGUUCAAGGUCUAUUUUAAUCCUGGGCAGGAUUCAGAUUGCAGUUGGAGUAUUCUGUAUGUCGUUCUAGCAGUGCUAUCCUCGCUUGUUCUUUUAACUGGCGUAUUUUGGGGAAUUAUUCUUUUAUGCUGCAAUUUAUGCAAGAGACAAAAGGGCGCGACCAAGCCUACCAACUACAAAUUGAUUGAAAAUUCUGAUGAUAUUCCGCCAUUUUCAAGAAAAGCUGCUCUUUCCGACAGCGAUACAGACUCUGACGUAGUUUUUGAGUCUAGAGUUAAGCCAGGUAAAUUUUCGGAAUCUAGAAACGGUCAUAAGCAUACUCGUAAUGGCUUUUCAAGAAUGGGAAGAAGAAUGAAGAUUUAGGGUACAUUCUAGCUCACUUUAGAUGUUUUGUUCAUUCGAGUGCCUAAUAAUCGAUGGAAAUUGGGUAUAUGGAUGUCCCAUGAGGAAACAUUGAAAAGCGUAAUUUUAAUAUGUAAUAUUUUCAAGACACUUUAUUUUAUACAAUUCUUUUGAAAUGGGACAUCUACAACUUAGGUAUUCGAUAGAUUUAGUUGGUUUGUUACCUGAACAUGAAAAAAAUUAUAUGAGGGUAAUGUACCAUCCAAAUCUGAUUUGACUCUGAAAUGUAUUACGCAAGUAUUUUAUCUGUAUAUAAUAUUUAGUGAUUCGCAUUCCUCUUUUACUACUUUUCUAUAUUCUUAUUCAUAUUUUGAGUAAAAUUGUUCAUUCAAAAAUGUGGU